AAGAUACAGACCUUUGUUAAAGACAGUGUUUUUUGACAUUUUCAAUUUUCUGCUUCCUAGUUGAGAUUUUCCCAGGGUCUACAGUGAAGGUCUCUUAACCAGUUGGUGCACUUUUUGUGUACCUGGAAGAUUUAGCGGGUUAAGCUGUUGGCUGGACUCCAGUGGUGGUGAUAUGUAUUGUCUAUAACAAAACAACAAAAGACGUCUAUUUCCUGUAUAAACAUGUGUGUAUCUGCCCCGGUUUAAAUGUCUUAGGAGUCAGUUCCUCUGCACAAGUGACCAAAGCUGAUCCUCGAUUGACUGUAAUUACCGAUGUAUUUACCUAGUGUGUAGAGGCUGGGACAGAGUGUUAUCAUGAGUCAAAUGUAAGGAUCUUCUCAUGGCCAGAUGUCUUUAUGACAGAACUCACUGACCACUGUCCACCCCCCACCCAGGGCUGUACCAGGACAGGACAUCAGUCGUCAUGGCAGUACAGACGUCUAUUACUAUGACACCUGAUCGUAUACGGGACAAAGGACCGGACUUCCUUCGCCAUCACGUCAACAGCAACAACAACAACAACAUCUUCGCACAUCGGCGCAAGAGUGCGGUAGAGCUGUUGGAAGCUUCCAAGAGCGAGUAUGUGAAGAGUCGGAGUGUCCUGAAGACAAAACAGGAGCUGAAGCAUCCAGAGAAUCUCCACAUUGGAAAGCCAAAGACAAGUUGUCUGGGACGGUCGAAAUCGGAAUUCUCCCUGGCCUUGGGAGACUCGGAACGGAAUGGAAACUGCUCUUUCAUUGUUGGAGGGCCUGCAGUCUCGCUGUCUCCAUUUGGUGAAAGGGAAAAAACCAAGACCCGUCCCCCUGAAUUACCACCAAAGCCUUCAAAAUCUACAAUCUCAGAACGAUUAAAUCAGGUACGCCAGGGUGUUGAUACCAGUGACUCAUCCAAAAUCAACACUUCGGAAAAUGGUCGACCUCGCUCCAUCAGUGCCAAUUCCGCGUCUUCAAAUUGUAUAAGUGACAAGUCUGACCAAAGUAACAAUAACUGUGUUAGAAGUAGAACUAAAAGUAUGAAUUCCAAAUCAAAAGAGGGCGACGUUGAGCCAAAACAGUCACGGUCCCCGAGGGAUCCCGAACGACCCCCGAGGGAUCCCGAACGACCCCCGAGGUCAAGGGACUGCCUUUUACCCUCAACCUAUCAGUCUUUAAGUACAUCAGUGACGGUGCUCGUGGAGAAACGGUGUGCUGGGUCUGCCACCACACACACUCCCACAGACACCGCCAUCUUACGGAGGAAGAAAAAAACCCUCCACAGGUCUCAAUCUGACCUUAGUUGUCGCCAUUCCAGGAACAGUUCCGACUUCUCGGAUCUUAGUUCCAGACUUUCCCGGACCAGCACAGAACUAGAACGUUUCUUUAACGAGAUGGGUAUUGACAGAAGUGUUCUGGAUCCAAUGAUGAAGUUACAGCGCAACCACAAAAAAGAAAGUGACUAUUUUGAGAGUUUAAGUUCUUUAGAGCUGGGUUCUGAGGACCGCAGCUCGUUGAGUGGUGUGUCUCAAGGUGCAAAAAGUCAAACAGACAAAGAUAAAAAAGAGGAUACUGGUGUAAAAGAACGGAGUUCGUCCCAAGGAACGCAGGUCGAGAAAAACGCACGCAUAAUCAAAUGGCUGUGUAAUGUUAAGAAGGCAAGAUUUCCUCCCCCUCAGCAAGCUUCCUAACAUUAAUUAAAUAUCAUAGUAUAGUUUUCAGUUUGUGAGUGUCCGUGCGAAAUGUGUGAGGUGAAACAUCUAACCAACGUGUAAUUCAACAAAGUCUGAUGAAGAUUUUCCUGAGCUUCCUGAACCUGCUGCCCAACUUCUACACAUGCAACAGAAGAGUUAUUUUCAUGUUAUAAUGAGAAUUUCGUAAUACUUUUGUACCAUACCUGCCAAUCUGCUGGUUAUAAUGCUAAGUCUUCCCACUUAAACAACUUCACUAUUAAAGAUUUGAUAAUAAUUAAUAAAAUUUGAGUAAUUGUCAAUGCAGUAAUGGUACAGUGAAUUUAGUGUUAUAAGUAAACAAGUUUUAUAUCUGAAAAUACACUUACAGAAAAUCAGUGAAGAAAGACAUAAAAGCAGAUCUUGUGAUGUAUGUUAGAUUAUUUGGGGUAAUAAAAUGCUAAAUAUUGAAAUGUAUAAAGCACAUAAAGAAUCUGUCAGCUUUAGGUUAAAGCUGUUUUGUCUGAUUUUGUUUAAACAUCUUUGUGUUGUUUUGUUUUAUGUAUGAUACACUAAGUGCUGGUAAUAUUAAUAAUGAAAAUUAUGUGAAUAUAUCGAUACAGUUUUAUGUAUCGAGGACCUGUACAAUAUGCAGUUAUGUCUGUGUAACUUUAAUUUGUUUAUGCUUUGUAUACAUUAUAACUAAUACCAACAGGACUUAAUUAAAUCUGUACAAAAAAAUUAUCACAGAAUUGUAUGUCACAUCACCAUACUCUGUGUUUAUCUAAAAAAAAAUAUUUUCACAAAAUUUUGUGACAAGUCUUGUGUGAUCAACAUAACUUUUUUACAAGAUUAAUGAAAAUCAAUGCACAUUUUUUUAAUUUUAGCUUGCUUAUAUGAGAAAAUCUGUUUUGUAAGUCUGAUAUAAGAUGAAAAUUCUUGCAAAAUCUUCAUUUUAUCAUAUAUUCUCAUUUAUAUGUAAGGUAACAUUCAUUUAAACUACACACAAGUGAAUUGUAAUUCAACACAAUUAAAAUUGUAUUC